AUGAAGUGCGAGAUCUGUGAAAAGAUACUAUCCGUCUUGAGGGAACCGCUCAGAGGCGCACCCCGUGGCAUGGUUACCCUCGGAUCAGGAAGAGAAGUUAUCCAACAUUCCCAGUGCAAAGAUCACCAACAACUGAUCAUAUGCGCCUUGGGUCUCGAUUUCAGUCGUCUUCUAGCUGAAACACCCACGAUGGCCGAGAAGGUUGACCUUAUUGAAAUCCACAAGAGUCCAGCGAACGCGGGAGCAAUCAUUACCGCAAAAAUUCCUAAAUAUCCUCAGACCCCUAAAUCUCUUUCCGCUUUAUACAUAGUGGAAAAUGCGGAUAGCUAUGAUUCCUAUAUUAGAGGACGAAUUCUUGAUCCUCAGUGGAUCGAUUCGAACCUUCCCCGGUUGUGGAAGACUAGUUGUGACCGUCUUCACGAGGGUAUAUGCAAGAAUUUCUCGAAUGAGAUUCAGUGCGCAAUAACUCCGGUUUGGCUGGUGGACGUCUGGCAGCAAUGUGUCGUCAAACCCCCUAGAAAUUGCUCUUACGUUGCUCUGAGCUACGUCUGGGGUGACCAUACCACUCUGCAGGCUAUGUGUAACAACAUAUGCCAACUUCAGAAACAAGGCUCGCUUUCUACCAAUCAAGCCGUAACAUCAAUUGCAAGAACAAUUCGCGAUGCGAUAGGAAUCGUGCAGCUACUGGAAGAGAGGUACCUUUGGGUCGACACUCUGUGUAUAGUACAAGAUGACGAAUUGCACAAGUAUGUCGAGCUGGCGAAAAUGGCAGCCAUUUUCGCCAACGCUUCCAUCACUAUUUUGGCAGUUCAAGGGGAGAAUGCCAAUAGUGGCUUGAGAGGAUUCCGAGAGGUCUCCCAACCAAGACAUAUAAAACAAGCCUUCCAUUGGCUCGGCAACGAUGUGCGAGUGGCUCAGUAUCCAAUACAAGCGGAUGGAGGUAAAAUUGAGCUUGCAACCGAUAAAUCUGUGUGGAAAACUAGAGGUUGGACCUAUCAAGAACAUCUGUUUGCAAGAAGGAAACUUAUUUUUGAUGGCGACUCAAUACGGUGGGAAUGUGCUGCAAGUACCUGGCGGGAACAUACCGAAUUAUCUCAUGAACUCAAACCAUGGUGGGGUGAUGAAGAUAUCUACGACUUGUUUGGGUCUUCAAUACCCGACCUUGGAGUGUUUACAACAAUUUUACACAACUACAACAUUAGAUCAUUUACAUACCCGGAGGAUGCACUCAACGCAUUUUCAGGAAUUGCAUCUGCAUUGAGUGCAUCUUUCGAAGGAGGCUUCGUCUCUGGUCUUCCGACAGCGUUGUUCGACCUCGCCCUACUCUGGCUUCCGUACGAGAGACUAGAACGUAGGACUGCGAGGUAUCCUCAGAGACAACACUGUCUCCCAAGUUGGAGCUGGGCCGGAUGGUCAGGGCGUAUCAAUAUGGAACUCGCCACAGAUUUCAUUAGAAAUACGCCAAAACAUUUCAGGUCCGAGAUGCAACGAGUGGUAAGAUUGACAUCAUGGAAAUAUCAUGACACUUUGGAGGCGCCUGGGAAACACAUACACGCUAGCAUCUUUGAUCACAGGCAGUCUUACCUAGGAACUCAAAGCCAAUGUCCCUCAGGUUGGACUCGACAUCCUACUUUGGAAACCCCGAAAGCCAUUAAUGAGGCCCCGGAUCCCCGGUCUCCCCCUUCAUGGUUCUACCGAAAUACAAGACACCCGGAGCUCGAUUUUUGGUAUCCGAUCCCACUUCCGAAUGUUGGAGACUCGUUUCCCAGCGUACAGGCUCUUUAUAUUUCGUGUAAGACGCAGCGAGCUUGGCUUUCCGCAGCGGAGGAAAUUCUCCCUAAUAACGGAUAUCGACCCACCAUAUCACUUCGAGACCAUGCGGGGAUAUGGGCUGGUGUCCUUCUACCACACGAUAAGCUUUCUAUGUUCAGCAAGCCACAUGAAAUGCCAGCAGGUUCUAUUGAAUUAGUUGAAGUUGCUCUAGGACUCUGUAGAGAUAUCACUUCGCCAUGGCCGGGACUAAUAGAGAUCAAACAUCACGAUAGGAUCAAGAAGGGACAGUGGUAUGAAUACUAUUGGGUAAUGUGGAUAGAAUGGUUAGAAGGAGUGGCAUAUCGCAAGGGAUUAGGUAGAGUUUGUAAAGACGUCUGGGAGAGUCAAGACAGGAAGUCGGUUGACUUGAUGCUCGCUUAG